AUGGCUCUUCAAGGAACUCUCCGCAACCCUGAUCGCUACAUCACAACCCACGAUGAAAAGACAGGCAAAGCCAUAAUCGACAACACCUUGCCGGUCCUGGCACCCUUCACCCGGGUGGGCGACGGCAAGGUCAACACCGGGGUCGAGUUCUCGCAGUGCUUCAUCACCACUGCCUUCCCCGCCAAGCUGGCCGGGGGCGCCGACAUAGCAGCCUACAGCGAGUUCCUCUCAUCUCCCCCUGGGCUGGUGGUCAACAGCGGCACGGUGCUGCGCUACGUCGACAUGGAGCCGGGACACGUGAGCCCCAUGCACCGAACGUUGAGUCUCGACUACGGCAUCGUCAUCGAGGGGGAGGUCGACCUUAUCCUCGACUCGGGAGAGGAGAGGCCGAUGAAGAGGGGAGACGUCUGCGUCCAGCGAGCGACUAUGCACUCCUGGCGGAACAAGAGCAACACUGAGUGGGCAAGGAUGUUGUUCAUCUUACAGCCGGUCCAGCCGUUUGAAGUCGCUGGCAAGAUGCUGGAGGAGGACUUGGGAAACAUGAAGGGAGUGAAGAAGUCUGAGUAG